AUGUCUUUCCACUCUUCUUCCCAGGACAUCCACAUCGUCCACGAGGAUGGCAGCACCAUGCUGUGCUGCGUCGCCCGCGACAGACACGGUGAAUUUCACCCCCGCAAGAUUCGUCUUGACCAGCACAUUGGCAACACGGAUGGCUGGUUCAUCUGGGGCGGUCAGAACUUCACCGAGACCGCGAGCGACGUCCGCCUCGAGAUGACCGAGUACGGCCCCAAGCUGGUCGCUAACCUCCGCACCCACGACGGUGGCUCUAGAGGUCUUCAGGGCAUCAUGCUGUCGGACAAGAUCGCCAACGAGGAUGGACGCUUGAGAUUCUUGGGUCCCUGAGCGAUCAAUUCGAAGUUCACACAUAUUAGCAUAGGGAUAUGGUGUUUUGUUAUUAUCGUUGAAAACAGUUCCAAUCGAGCGCAUAGCUGUGAAACCAAUGUACCAAUUUCAUAUUCAUGCUCGCUCUUACCCAAGUUGAACCAGGGCCGGUUCGCCGUCGGCUAUACUGGCCCCUAGUCCCGUGAUUCUGGAAAUGUUCAGCUUAAACCAAGGCAGACCCUUGCCCACCUACGACUAGUUUGACCGACUGUAUUUUUAUAAACGUCGCUAUACCAUGACCUAAGGAGGAACUUCGGUUCGAAUCGA